AUGGAUGCCAGAGAUUUAGGAGGAGCGUCGAUACUUUAUUCCCAUGACGACGAGCCGCGUAUUGCCGACUUAUUCGACGCACAUGUAAUCUUCUUCAAAGCCACUGGACAAAUCCCAUUCAAUGUAGGCUAUGGACUGGGCUAUAUCUACUGUUGCUUCUUUGUUAUGCAAUCCGUCCACAUAGCAGGGCUUUUCUUGAAGACCUCCUACGAUAUGUUCCUCGGCGGCAAACUGGAAGAGAUCACCGACGCACUCACCAUGAGCGUCAUAUUUUCGUUUAGCGUUUAUGCAGCCUUCUACUGGUUGCUGCGUUGGAAACGUCUAUUGGCUUUUUUGCAGCGCAUCAAUCAAUAUUAUUGGCAUCACUCGUUGCCCGGCUUAAGUUUUGUGAGCGCAUAUCGCCCUUUUGUUUUGGCUAAACGUAUUACUAUUGUGUGGGUGCUGACCUGCGUGGCCGGUACAGCGCUGUACGGUUUACCUCCAUUGGUCAUGGGUGUGCGCACGCUACCACUGAACUGCUGGUAUCCCUUUGAUCCAUUGCAACCUUAUGUCUAUGAGCUAGUGUAUGCUUUACAAUUUACAGCUCAGUUAAUAAUGGGCGCCACUCUGAGUAAUGGCUCCGCUUUGUUUGUUUCAUUGGUUAUACUCAUAUGUGGACAGUUCGAUGUGCUUUACUGCAGUUUGAAGAACUUGACUUACUACGGCCGUUUGCGCGCCCGCUGUGAUAUGGAGAAAUUGCGGUAG